AUGGCAACACACCCAACCGCAUUCUACUGCCUCUGGCAGGAAGAACGCAUCCGUGAGAAGCUCUUCCAGCUCCUCCCCAGAGAAGACAUCUGCUCCGUCAGAUUGGCAAACUCGGCAUGUUGCAACCUCGUUACCAAGCGCCUCUUCCUACGAACCCACCUGAACUUCACAUCAAACACCUUCACCAAGACCAGCAGGAUCCAGGCCCUCUCCCGGAUCGGCCACCAUAUAGAACACCUUACCUUUUACUUUGCGCACUCCGAGGCCACCUUUCUUCCCCCUCUCAUCCACCCGCUGACGGGCCGUGAGAUCAGCUUCCUGUACACCCCUCACACAUCCAUGGGUUCGGUACUAGCGAGGCCCAAGUACGGAAACUCAGAGCUGGGAGACAUCCUCACACAGCAAUAUCCCCCGCUGUUCCAUGCCGCCACCAAUGUCCCUUCUUUCAUCAACGCCAUGAAGCACAUGCCCAACAUGAGGCAUCUUACCAUCAGAUGCCCAGGCCAGCAACCCCAAGAGCGGUACAGAAGAGACGUUGUCGACUAUGCCCUCAUCAGCUUGCGCAUCUCACUGGAGCGUACCCCGUUGCACAAGCUCAGCAAGCUCUCCCUCGCCGGCGUGCAUCCCUCAUCCUUCAACUACCUGCGUCAUGUACCUGGUUUCGGAUGCAUGCCCUCUGCAGGGAAGAGAUGGAGACAGAUCCGCAAGCUGUACAUUGCGGUUGACUCCUGGGACUUUUACGGACCAUCCCCGGGCCUGGAUCACCUCAAGAUUAUAGACGACUACGUCCGCAACUUCGCACCCAACCUGGAGAAGCUCUCUUUCACGUGGCUAGGCCGCAAGGGUCCUUGCCCGCUGGCCCUUUCUUCGGAUCCUCUGUUUGCGCCGCCUCGCAGCUCAAAGAAGCUCUUCAACGAGGUCACCAGCCCCAUGAGCCCACUGCCCCCGGCACCAGCAAGGGCGCCAAUCCACUUCCCUAGGCUCAGGUACCUCACCGUGCGCAACGCCACAAUGAACGCGCCGCAGCUGAGGACCCUCGUCGCCACUCAUCAGGCGACGGUCAGGGAGUUUGACUUUGAGAACGUCGCGCUCAUCAGCGGCGGCAGCUGGGACGACGCACUGGCGCCGCUCAUGGACCAGAACAAUGACCACGCUAGUGACGUCUGGUCACGGCACUCCAUCGGCGGCACCGCGUCCGAGGCGGGCAGCAUCCGGCCGACCACAUCCUCAAGUGAAGAGCCCGAGUUGCCCUCGCCAUCUGCAGCGGUGGCUGCUGCUUCUAGGGAGCUCCUGGACCUCGAUGUCGAGGGUCUAGAGUCCUUCCUCGGCCUCAGCGGCUCGCCUACCUUGAUGACUGCUGACCGGUUUUACGAGGAUGAGGAGGAUAGCGGUCUGGCAUCGGACAUCGCAGCCGCCAAGGAAGCCAGUACCUCGUUCAGCACCAAGCUCAAGAAGAAGCGCAUCCGGCGCAGGAAGAAGCACCGUAGGGACGACCGCGAGGGUGGCUCCGACGACGAGCACCGGUCCCGCCACCGGCACAAGCAUUCCAACUCGUCCGGCGACGACCACCAUCGCCGCCAGCGUUCGCGCUCCGCCCAUCACGGCAAGCACCACCGCCGGCACCGCAAGGCUGCGUCGGCAGAGACGUUGCCCAGCGCACCCGCGGCGGCCUCGCAGCAGCACUCGCCGCCCCACCGCUUCGCGCACCUCACGCCCCCCUCGCACAUCACCAUACCCUUGCCGCCCGAGGAGGAGGGCGAAGACGACGUCCUGCUCCGCACGCCGACGCCGGCGCCGCUCAACAUCUCGGCGCCCGUGCAGAACACGGACCCGCUCCCCGUGCUCCUGCAGCCGACGACAUACGAUCCGUCCUCCUCGGCGGCGGCGGCGGCGGCGACGGCGCAGCUAGACGACGGGCUGUCGGCGGUGCAGCGCAACAUCGAGAUGGAGGAGGCGCACCGGCGGCUGGCCGAGGACGCCGAGGCGCGCACGUCGGCGCUCAAGAGGGCCAAGGAGGCGGUGCUGAUGAAGCUGGGCCGCGACUUCCAGCGCAAGAUGGGCGCGGAGCACCACCACCACCAUACCGCCGCCGUGCCUUACGGGCGGUGCGCGUCGCCGGACAUCGGCCGGAGCAACAGUGGCUCCAGCGGGGCGCACCCGUGGACGAUGAGGAGGCGGCUGUUCGGGGAGGCGCUCGGGGUGCUGGGCGGCGGCGGGGGCCACGACGACAGGCGGCCGAGCAUGGAGAGUAACUCUGCGCUUGUGCCGUUGAUGUUUAGCCGUGCUUGA